AUGACUAGAUUGAUUGUUACUGGAGAUAAGUUAUUCAUGCAAAAAUGGCACAAAAGAAAAAGAAGUGUGCAUGGAAAUUUAGCAAUUACAAAAGCUUCAAAGGUAGAGAAGAAGAAAUCCAUUGUAAAAAAAAAAGAAGCUAAUCUUUCCAACCAAAUUAUUAUCAGCAACACAGAAAAUGUUGAUCAGAUUAGCAAUGGAGAAGAGGAAGAAGCUACCCAAAAAUUCAAUUUUUCCAGAUGCCAACACAAGAAGAAGAAGAAAUCAGUACUUCCCUAUCAAAUUUGCAAAGGGAAGAGCCCGUCAAAUUAUAAUACAGACCAGAGGGAGAUUGAUCAGUGUGAUGGAUUGGUUCUUAUUCUUGUUUCUUCUGGAAGAAACUAUGAGGAAAUUUUGUUGUGGAACCCGUCCACAAGAGAAUCAAUACUACUUCCCUAUCCAGACUUUCGAGUGAUACAUUGUGUAUGUGGAUUGGGAUAUGAUGCAACUAGUGAAGACUAUAAGAUCCUUGCAAUUAACCUGAAUGCAGGUAGUAGUUUCGAUGAUUCGAUUGAACUCCUCUCUCUAAAAAGUGGUUCUUGGAGAAAAAUUGGUUAUCCUACUAGCAUUCAGCGUGUUAGGGAUUUUAGGGAUUGUGGUAUGUAUUAUUUGGCAUUUAUACAUGGAGCAUUUCAUUGGCUUGUUAUGUCAGUCUCUGGUUAUUAUACUACCGUUUCGUUUAAUAUUUCAAAUGAGGAGUAUGGAGAGGUACCGUUAUUGGAGCAAAUGUAUGAUGUAUUCACCCUCUCUGUCUUCAUAGACCAUGGUGUUUCAGUAUUGAGAGGAAUGCUUUGCUUUUAUUCUACAUGUAAUUAUGGGAUGGAGGGCACUUUUAAGUUGUUGGUAAUGAAAGACUAUGGUGUCAGGGAAUCUUGGACUAAAUUGAUUAAAUUACGAGAUACUGAUCUUUUUUAUUCAGCCAGACCAAAAUAUAUGUUUGCGGAUUGUGAAGUGUUACUACACUGCAAACGUAUCGGAUGUGUUAGUUCUAAAUUCACGACAUCUAGAGGACCAUCUGUAUUAUGCCCUCAAUGUGAUACCAUGAAUGUAUUUAUCAAAGCUGUCAGUUUAUUUAUUUCAUGUCCAACUGGAGCCAUUUCUUUGCUAACAACUGAUUGA